ACAUUCGUCAACCCAUAUCUGUACAUUUAUUAAUUAAUUAAUUAAUUAGUAGUAGGAAGAACCAUCUUUUCUUUUUACAAUUCCAAUUUCAAUUUUGUCUGCCCCUCCCUCUCCAAUUCAACUUCACCAUGCUCUUCUAUCAUUCUUAUUUUAUUCUCACGUUCAUGUUUUUUCCUCAAUAAACUAAAACAACAAACAAUACAACUCCUAACACCAACAUAAAUGUCAGACUUGCAGGAAACACAUUCCUCCUGCUUCCUAGUAUUCAUCUUUUCCUUCAUCCUUUUCUCAGGUAGUUUUGUUGCCGGGGAUUCUUUGGACACGGACAGACAGGUUCUGUUAGAGCUGAAAAAGUACUUAGAUAACAGAACUCUUGCAGACCAAGGAAAAUACAUAUAUUGGAACACCAACACUUCAACUUCCAAUCCAUGUCAAUGGCAAGGAAUCUUGUGUAGCAAAGCUAACAGGGUCAUUGGCAUAGACCUCUCUUACAGUGAUAUCACUGGAGAGAUAUUCAAAAGCUUCUCUCAACUCACUCAACUCAUACACCUUGAUCUCUCUCAGAACACACUCUUUGGAAAUAUUCCCCAGGAUUUGAGGAACUGUCGUAAGCUUAUGUAUCUCAAUCUCUCUCACAACAUUCUUGAUGGUGAACUCAACCUCACCGGAUUCACAAGCUUGAAGACACUUGAUUUGUCCUUGAAUAGAUUUCAUGGGGAAAUUGGGUCGUUGAAUUUCCCUACCAUGUGUCAAAAUUUAGUCACUUUGAAUAUCUCAGGUAAUAAUUUAACUAGUGAGAUUGGUGAUAGUUUUGAUAAAUGUUCUAAUUUGAAGUAUUUGGAUUUGAGCACUAAUAAACUCACUGGUGGUAUAUGGAAUGGAUUUGCAAGGCUUAGACAGUUUUCUGUUGCAGAGAAUUAUCUCAAUGGAACAAUUUCCAAUGAAGCUUUUCAGAUGAAUUGUGAACUUGAAGAAUUAGACCUUUCUCAAAAUGGUUUUUUUGGUCAGGCACCUAAAGAGGUUGCUAACUGCAAGAAUUUAACCAUGCUGAAUCUUUCAAGUAACAAAUUUUAUGGUGGUAUCCCUAUUGAAAUGGGGUAUAUUUCAAGGCUUAAAGGAUUGUACUUGGGAGGAAACAACUUUUCAAGAGAUGUUCCUAACACCCUUUUGAAAUUGACUAAUUUGGUUUUCUUAGAUUUGAGCAGAAACAGUUUUGGUGGUGACAUACAGAAGAUAUUUGGGAAUUUUAAGCAGGUGAGAUUUCUUCUAUUGCACUCAAACUCUUACACUGGAGGAUUGAGAUCAUCUGGAAUUUUCACAUUGCCGAACAUUACACGGUUAGAUCUAAGUUUCAAUAACUUCUCAGGUCCAUUACCUGUUGAAAUAUCUCAUAUGUCAAGUCUUAAACUUUUAAUGUUAUCAUAUAACCAAUUCAAUGGAUCUAUUCCACCAGAAUUUGGAAAUAUGCAUAAUUUGCAAGCACUUGAUCUUGCAUUCAACAGGUUGAGUGGACCAAUACCUCCAAGCCUUGGAAACUUGAGUUCUCUCUUGUGGUUGAUGCUUGCAGACAAUUCAUUAAAUGGAGGAAUCCCUCCAGAGUUAGGGAACUGCACUAGUUUGUUAUGGUUAAACCUUGCCAACAAUAACCUCUCUGGACAGUUUCCUCGCGAACUUUCCAAUAUCGGAAAAAAUGCAAUGACAACAUUUGAAUCAAAUAGGAAAGAUGAUGGAAUGGUAGCUGGUUCCGGUGAAUGUUUAGCAAUGAAGAGAUGGAUACCUGCGGAUUACCCUCCAUUCAGCUUUGUGUAUGACAUUUUAACAAGGAAAAAUUGUAGAGGCCUUUGGAACAAAUUGCUAAAAGGAUAUGGAAUUUUCCCAUUUUGCACACCUGGGUCCUCCCUCAGAUUACCUUUAAUAUCUGGUUAUGUUCAGCUCAGUGGAAACCAGCUAAGUGGUGAUAUCCCUUCAGAGAUUGGAACAAUGGUGAACUUCAGUAUGUUGCACUUGGGAUUCAACAGUUUCUCUGGGAAAUUCCCUCCACAGUUGGGAAGUAUUCCACUUAUGGUCUUGAACAUGACUAGAAACAACUUUUCAGGUGAAAUUCCUCAGGAAAUUGGAAACUUCAAAUGCCUACAAAAUCUUGAUUUGUCUCACAACAAUUUCUCAGGGAAUUUUCCAACAAGUUUGAACAAUUUGGCUGAGCUUAACAAGUUCAACAUCUCCUGCAAUCCCUUCUUAUAUGGUGUAGUUCCAUCAAGUGGACAAUUUGUUACUUUUGAUAUAGAUUCAUAUUUAGGUGAUCCUCUUUUGACCCUUCCUAAGUUCAUUGACAACAGUAAUACUAGAAACAAUAAAAACACGACCUUUAACAAAGACCCUAAAAAGCAUGCAAAAUUGUCUGUGUUUUUGGUGUUCUUAGCCAUAACACUUGUUUUUGUUAUAUUUGGUCUUCUAACAAUAAUAGUUUGUGCAUUGGUGAAAAGUCCAUCAGAUGAAUACCUCUUGAGGGAUCAUGCUAAAAAGUGGAAUGAUACAAACAGCUCGGGAAUAGGAUCCUCACAACAAUGGUUAUCUGAUUCAGUUAAAGUCAUUCGUUUAAACAAAACAGCAUUCACCUAUGCAGACAUUUUGAAAGCAACAAGCAGCUUCUCAGAGAACAGAAUCAUAGGAAAAGGUGGAUUUGGAACAGUAUACAAAGGAGUUUUCACAGAUGGUAGAGAAGUAGCAGUGAAGAAGCUAUUAAGAGAAGGACUCGAAGGCGAAAAGGAAUUCCAAGCUGAAAUGGAAGUUCUAAGUGGUCACGGAUUCGGUUGGCCUCAUCCAAACCUUGUCACACUCUACGGUUGGUGCUUAAACAAUUCAGAAAAGAUACUUGUUUAUGAGUACAUAGAAGGUGGAAGCUUAGAGGACUUAGUAACCGAUAAAACACGAUUGACAUGGAGGAAGAGACUAGAAGUAGCUAUCGACGUGGCUCGUGCGCUUGUCUAUUUACAUCAUGAAUGCUACCCUUCAAUUGUACAUAGAGAUGUGAAAGCUAGCAAUGUGUUGCUUGACAAAGAAGGAAAAGCAAAAGUAACAGAUUUUGGACUAGCUAGAAUUGUUAAUGUUGGUGAUAGUCAUGUUAGCACAAUGGUGGCUGGAACUGUUGGAUAUGUUGCACCUGAAUAUGGACAAACAAUGCAAGCUACUACAAAAGGUGAUGUUUAUAGUUAUGGUGUGUUGGUUAUGGAGUUGGCUACAGGUAGACGUGCGGUGGAUGGAGGUGAAGAGUGUUUAGUGGAAUGGACAAGGCGUGUUAUAGGAAGAAGACGACAACAUCAUGUGGUAAGUUGUUUGAGUUCUGAACUUGUUGGUGGGGCAGAGGAAAUGGGUGAAUUGCUAAGAAUUGGUGUGAAGUGUACAAAUGAGGCACCAAAUAUUAGGCCUAAUAUGAAACAAGUUUUGACUAUGCUUAUUUUGAUAUCUAAAUCUAGUGUUGGAGACUCAAGUGAUGGACACAAUAUUGUUUAGGAAAUAGAUUCAUAAUAUUUGGAGAAAAAUGUGCAUAUAUAGUUUACAUUACACAUGAAAAAUAAUGUGAUGCACAGUUGAUUUUUCUAUUGAUACAGAAAUUUGAUUUAUGUUUGGGAAAGUUAAAUUGCUCAAUUUUGUUGUGUAUGUAAUGAGGGGAGGAUCCACUGUAUCACUAAUUCUGUUUUGCAAUGCAUUGAUCUCUUCAUUUCUUAAA